AUGUUGGAUAUUACCCAGUUUAUUGAAGAAAAAGGUGGUAAUCCUGAGCUCAUUAGACAAUCUCAAAAGGCCAGACACGCCAAAGUAGAAAUUGUGGAUGAGAUCAUUGCCGAUUACAAAGAAUGGGUCAAGACUCGUUUCCAAUUGGACGAACUCAACAAGCAACAAAACAAAGUUCAAAAGGAGAUUGGACUCAUGUUCAAGAAGAAAGAGGAUCCAAAAGAACUUUUGGCUCAAAAAGAGGAAAUCGCCGCCGAGAAGAAGAAAUUGUCGGAACUUGAGCAACAACAAGAGUCCGGUAUGAAGGACAAAGUGUUCCAAGUGGGUAACAUUGUGCACCCUUCUGUGGUGGUCUCGAAUGACGAGGAAAACAAUGAAUUGGUACGUAGUUGGAAGCCAAAGGACCUCAAGGAAGUUGGCACAAACGCAUCUUGUUCGGGCAAACCGGCUAGCUUGUCACACCACGAGGUUCUUCUCAGAUUGGAUGGUUACGACCCGGAGCGUGGUGUCAAGAUCUCUGGCCACAGAGGUUAUUUUUUCAGAAACUACGGAGUUUUCUUGAAUCAAGCUAUGAUUAAUUAUGGGUUAUCAUUCUUGGCUUCUAAAGGGUACAUUCCUUUGCAAGCCCCUGUUAUGAUGGACAAAGACGUUAUGAAGAAAACCGCACAGUUGUCGCAAUUUGACGAAGAGCUUUACAAAGUUAUUGACGGUGAUGAUGAAAAAUACUUGAUUGCAACUUCUGAGCAACCAAUCUCUGCAUACCACUCGAAUGAAUGGUUCGAGAAACCUCAGGAACAACUUCCAGUUCGCUAUGCGGGCUACUCGUCAUGCUUCAGAAGAGAAGCAGGUUCUCACGGUAAAGAUGCUUGGGGUGUCUUUAGAGUACACGCUUUUGAAAAAAUUGAACAAUUUGUUUUGGCCGAACCGGAAAAGUCUUGGGAAGAAUUUGACAGAAUGAUUGAUGCUUCUGAAGAAUUCUAUCAAUCUUUGAACUUACCUUAUCGUGUUGUAGGUAUCGUUUCCGGUGAAUUGAACAAUGCCGCUGCUAAGAAAUACGAUUUGGAAGCUUGGUUCCCUUACCAACAAGAAUACAAAGAAUUGGUGUCGUGCUCCAACUGUACCGACUAUCAGUCUAGAAACCUUGAGAUUAGAUGCGGAAUCAAAAAGAUGGGCGACAGAGAGAAGAAAUACGUGCACUGUCUAAACUCCACUUUGUGUGCCACUCAAAGAGCUCUCUGCUGUGUUUUGGAAAAUUAUCAAACCGAAGACGGUCUAAUCGUUCCUGAAGUGUUGAGAAAGUAUAUCCCUGGUGAGCCCGAGUUCCUUCCAUUUACCAAGGAACUUCCAAAGAACUCGACUUCUAACAAGAAGAAGAACAACAACUAA